GAAGACGCAAUUUUCCAUGUACACCAACGAGUUUGCGCACUAUUUGGGCGGCCUUGACCGCAAGGAUGCCAUCCUCUUCGGUGUGGAGACGCACGUCUGCGUGCAACAGACCGCGUUGGAUCUCAUGGACCGAGGAAUUCAGGUCCAUGUGUUGGCAGAUGGCGUGUCAUCCCAACGGCCCUUGGAUCGUGAAAUCGCCUUGGAUCGUUUGCGACAGGCAGGCUGCUACGUGACCACCAUGGAAUCGGUCCUCUUCGAGCUGCUGCGCAGCAAAGAUGCGCCGGAGUUCAAAGCCAUCUCUGGAAUUGUGAAGGCUUAUGGCGAAAACCUCAAGAAUUUGAAACCCUCUGUGGGGGAGGUGACAGUUGGUGUGGAGUUCGGCUCACGCACAGUGGACGUCAAUGGGUCGAGGAUCAAACUUCAGUGUUGGGACACUGCUGGCCAGGAUCGUUUCCGCUCCAUUAUCCGCAGCUACUACCGGGGUGCAGCUGGAAUGGGUGACAACGACGCCGUGUCGCUGGAGCGCUUGCGGGAGAGUCCCCCGGCUGGCGCCAUGCCCACUUUCCAGGGCGGCAGCCAGGAGGAGGCUCUGGUGGGGGUGGCACAAAGAUGUACCUUAGACGAGCCGGUCUCGGAGACCAUCAUGAGAGAUCUGCGCUCGGUGGCGCAAAAACUCAUGUAUGUGAUGAUGCCAGUGAACGUUGCGGAUAGAGGGCGGCGCUUGAGAGAUUGGGAUCUUUGGGGUCCUCUGCUGCUGUGCUUGGCACUGGGGCUCAUCUUGUCCUGGCAGGCAGCUGACUCGACACAGGCCAGUUAUGCCUUCGCGGACAUCUUCGUGACGGUCUGGGUGGGCUCUGGUGUGGUCACCCUCAAUGCGGUGCUGCUGCGAGGGAAGGUCUCGUUCUUCCAGACUGUCUGCGUCUUGGGUUACUGCAUAUUUCCGCUGGUUCUCUCCGCCUUUUGCUCCAUGCUGCUGCACAUCGAUUGGCUGAAGUUGCUGUUUGUGCUCGCUGGCUUGGGAUGGUCUGCGAAGGCUUCGCUAGGCUUCGUCACCGAAUUGGUACCCGAGGACAAGAAGCUCUUGGGGAUCUAUCCGGUCUGGCUCUUCUAUUGCGCAAUUGCUUGGAUGAUCCUUUUGGCAUGA